GUGUGCAACCAAGGCAGCUACCUGCGCUACAUGGACAAGGUGGUGCUGGUGCAUGGAGGGAGCAUCCGCGUCUACACCAACGUGGACGACCUGCUCGCGGACCCCGACUCGCCGGAGACGCUCAGGGGACACGGCCCACGCCGAAGCCACGCACUCGUUCGACGACGAAGGCACAGAGACUAAGGGAGGUCAAGAGAACGAAUCGGCGGGCCGUGUCACUGAAAAAGAACAGCAAGGUUCGAACAAGUCGGCGUUCAACAUUCUGUGCGCCCUGGUGCGGCUGUCCGGCUGGCAGGCAAUGGUGGCUCUCGCAGUGUUCGCGCUGAGCGCGACGCUCCUCACUCUCCAGCAGCUGUGGAUCAAGGUGUGGACGGACGUGUCAUCGGCCCACGACGAAGAGACGUCCGAGCACGACGACGACGACGCCCUCGAAGCGCAUCGGACCUCAUGGGUAGGGGUGCUGGUCGGACUGUGCGUCUUCGAUGUGGUGUGCCGAAUAGUCGGGGGCCUCCUGUUGGCGGCCAGCAGCCGCUGCCUCUCGGGGCGUCUGCACAGCGCCAUGCUGCAGCACGUCCUAGGCAGUCCGGUAUCACUGUUCGACUCGUCGCCCCGGGGCCGAAUCCUGAACCGGUUCUCGGCCGAUAUGGACUUCGUGGACUCGCGCACCUUCCUGAGCGGCAAGCAGACCGUGCAGAGCGUGCUCUUCACCGCGUCCAAGGUGGUCGUCAUCGCCACCCAGUCGCCCAACGUGCUCGCCGUCGGCGCAGUCGCUGUGCUCGUCGUCUUCUUCGGACUGAAACUAUCCGUGAGCGCCUCCUACAGGGCGCGCUUCUUCGAGAGCGUGGUGCUGUCGCGUCUCCUGGCGCACGUGACCGAGACGCUGGAGUGCCUGAGCAGCCUGCGAGCCUAUGGCGUGGUGCGGCGGGCCUGCGACCGCUUCUGCCACCUGGCGGACGCCAACACGCGUGGCUACUCUGCCUUCUGCGACACUUACAAGUUCACGCGCGUCAUCACCUCCACGUGCGGGUUCGUCGUCGUGCUCGCCACGCUGCUACUCAACGUCGUCUUCGUCGACAAGUGGGACUCGAGCCGCAUCGGCCUCGCCAUGAGCUCGGCAUCGUCGGUGCCGCUUGCCAUGAUGUACUUGUGCGUGCUCCUCUUCAACAUGCUCCAGAUGGUGGUCAGCUUCGAGCGGUGCCUCGAGUACUCGCAGCUUCCGCAAGAGCCCGACGUAGCGGAAGACAUGACGGAAGAGAAGAAGGAUGCUCUAAUGAGUUCUCUCUCAGACUGGCCCUCCGAUGGCGCUGUCGAGUUCAAGGACUACUCGGCCUCGUAUCGACCAGGAAUCCUUCCUAACGUGCUGAGCAACGUUACCUUAACCGUGCUGCCCAUGGAGAAGGUGGGGGUGGUUGGCAGGACAGGUGCCGGAAAAUCUUCGCUCGUGCUGGCGCUGCUGCGGGUGCUGAAGCCAUCGGAGGGACGGAUACUCAUUGACGGUGUCGACAUCGCGGACGUCCCUCUGAAGAAGCUCCGCAGUAGCAUUACCGUCAUACCGCAGGAUCCAAGCCUGCUGAGGGGCACGCUGCGAACGAACCUGGACCCAACAAACUCUUACUCGGAUGAGCAAAUUUGGAAAGUGCUCGGUCAGGCUCACUUGGUAAACAUGGUGACAAGCCACUCCAAGAAACUGCUUCUAGAGACGGGCGAUGGCGGAUCAAAUCUCAGCGUUGGCCAGAGGCAGUUGGUGUGUCUGGCGAGAGCACUGCUGCGAAACACCCGGCUGCUGCUGCUGGACGAGGCGACGUCGCAGAUGGACGGCGACACGGACAGCCUCAUCCAGAGGACACUCAGGGAGAGCUUCGCCAAGUGCACCCUGUUCACCAUCGCGCACAGGCUGCACACCGUGCUCGACUACGACAAGAUACUGGUCAUGGAAGACGGCCAAGUACGAGAGUUCGGCGCAGUGUCGGCACUGCUGGACGACCCGGGCUCGGCGUUCCACGCCAUGGCCUUCGAUUCUGGCGUUCUGUCUGGAGAGGACUUGUCCAGCACGAGCACCACAGCGCUGUGACUGUACUGACAAAUAUAUAGAGCAUUAUGCAGGUGCAGUAAUUGCUGAACGACACAAAAGGCUUCGCAUAUUUAGGCCAGCAAAAGAAAAAAUGCAUAUGUAACUUUCGUUGAGUACUUUUUAUAUUCGUUAGUUAUUUCUGGGGUCAGCUAGUGCUUUUUUUACUUAGUACAAUAUUUUUUACCUUUUUAAUGAUGAUACUUAAAGCAAUAUACGUGUUCCAGUUCUUGUGCCGGUCUUUUGUGCUGCUUUGUAGAGUGGUAGCGCUCUGUGGUUUGCAGACGUUUUCGUGAACGCCUGCCAAUCUUUCAUUUUUGUGGCGCAUCCCACCUUCCCCGGUGCGCUGCAGACUAUAGAGAACCACUGCAUGCCGCCCGCGUGUGGCAAGCAAGCCGACUUUUAGCUGCCCGCGCUCGAGUUCACGAACUUCAGUGAUGUGCUGGUGCUGCACUGAAAGCACGGCCACGUGAUAAAGAACGUGACGAUAUGGUCGCCAAACACCAUAUACGACAGAACCACUAUCGGCGUCAAGUACAUGAACGCAAAACAAAUUGUACGGACGCGUUCGAUCUAGCCUCUAAAAAAGAGUUUACACACUCGGGGUGUAUCUUUGUCCCACAAUUAAGAAAAAACUGUCAUCUGUCUUGCUUGUGUUUUCUUUCUUCGAAACUCUGCACUCACUGCAUUGCUGUCAAGAGUUGUCUGCCACGCCGAAACACGCAUUCCGUUUGUGAUGUGAAAUUACCGUGCGCGCAGCUUUAAAGAAUUAAAGGAAAGGCACGCAAGAUAUAUGACCAUUGUUGCUGUGGGACAUAGAUACAGGCCAAAGAGUGCAAACUCGUUUCAGAGUCUAUUGUUGAGAGUAGACAAGAGGGCGCACAACCACCAUGACCCCAGAAUAUAUUUGAAGUCACUAAUGCCAAGAUCGCAUUAUUAAGGCAGCACCAAUAUUGUAAUCGAACACGCGCUUUCCUAAUAUGUUUCGAUAUUCACAAUAUGUUUCAACAGUGCCUUCGAACAUAUACCUUUAUUUGGGGUGCUCACCUUACAGCCUUUACAAAUGUUUGUUCACGUUGUGGCGCAUCGGAAGUAGGCGUCAGCAUUGCAGCCAAGGAGGCUUGAUUGGCACCAAAUAAAGCUCCUUGAUUAGCACCAUUGGCACUAAGUCGUUCGAGGCUAGCUACAAUAGGCCGAUGGAAUCAACGUACGACUUUCUAUCGACAUAUUUUAGGCGCUCGUAAUAAAGUGACCAAGCCUUGGCGGGUCAAUUCCUUGACAAAAUGGUAGCCCGUCUCAUUUAGUAUAUGGAGGCAACCGCUGCUCGUCCAUGCUAACGGUGAAAGCUGCAACGUUUUCCUUACGAAUCAUACUUAAAAAUUGAAACAAGAAUGGCGUCUUCAUCAACAAUUUCUAGCAUUCCUUUUUCAAUUCGACAUUGAACAAGUUCAAUGCCCUUGAGUAAACCUUCAUAUUUGUCUAGAACUUUUUUAGCAAAAUUUCAGCCGAGGUUGAGCUCAUCUGAAGAUGAAAAGCAGAUGGACCACCUGUUUCGCGACGCUUUCCUGGUGGCAACGGAAAACUACGGCUAUACAGUGCAGCUAGAACUCCAUCAACCUGAAGUGUUCACUUGGGGUCGAAGGCGUGAAGUCGAAGCAGUCCAUCCAUUCCAUUUUAUUGGAGCCUUGAUAAAAUAUACGGAAACAUAUGCAACGUGUUUCGUUUCAUGCAGGAUAUUGCGUUACUUAAACUGAUAUCUUUUCCCCUGCCGUUUUUAUUUAUAGACAACUUUUCCUGGCUAGGCGGACAUUAGCACCCAAAAUAUUUGUCAAGCUUAAUUU